AUGUAUGAUUUAACAGAAUAUGAAGGCUUAACGAUGUCAGAUGUAAAGAAAGGCAAACCAAAAAAGAGACCAUAUAGAGAUGAAAGCACACUGACAAAUGACCAGAAAGCCAUUUUGGAAGCUCUUAAGCAAACAGGAAACCCAGCACUUAUAGAAAGCUUUUGGAAAGAUAAUGGUGAAAAGAAGUUUUAUAAGAAGAGAAGCGGUCAGUUCUGGAAGUAUCUUUGCACAUUACCUAUAAAUCUUGAACGCUACCAAAUCUUCAAUGAACUGAACAAAAGAACUGCAACACUUAUGACAGAGGACAAUUGUUUCGUUUAUGCUUGCAUUCAGGCUGGAGUAAAUGAAGAAACUAUUGACCACAUGAGAGAAGUCAUUCGUGUUAGAGACUUUCCUCAAAGUAAAGUACAAGAAAUUUCUGACGCAACAGGUAUAGCAUUUAAUGUUACCAUUGGUUAUUUCAAUGACUCAAGACAUAAUGAAAUAAAGAGAUAUAUACCAAAAGAAUGCGAAACUGUUAGAACUAUUGACUUACUUCUUGUUGAAGACCACUACAUGCUAAAUGAAAGAUUACCAAUGACAACAUACUUCAUUCGAAACUAUAAAGAAAUUCUCAAAGCUUGUGGUGGAAUGAACAUUGAGAAACAGAUGAAGAUUUAUACAAAGAGAGAAGAUAAAUAUGUAGUUCGUUAUGAUAGAACAACACCGUUAUGGGAUGUUAUGAAAACAUUGUGGGAGUGCAAAUAUUUCGAACCUAUUUCUUAUGGAGAACUUUUCACAUAUACUACUGACUUAUAUAAACAGAACCUUGCACCAUUUAAAGAUUUGACAUAUGCUCCAAAGUAUUGUGUACAACUGAAGAAGAAAGCAGAGUCAAAAGAA